AUGGCCCCAGUACGCCCACGUACAUCUAAAAGGACGGUGGCGGCUAUUCCAGAGUCACUUCGUGGCAAGCUGGACAAGAUUGAGAAAUCUAAAGAAGAAGAUAUGGCGUUAUAUUUGGAAGAAUUUGGUGAAUGGAAAUGGCCGAAGGGUGAUUUAUACGCAUACGUUGCUCUACUCAACAGGUUAGAUGGGGUACUCGCUAAAAUUACAGCUGAGUUUAACUUGCGGGGCACACCAGCGAAUGGAUCAUUCUAUGGCGUACAAGAGAAGCCAUUUGACGCAUACACUAAGAGACUCUUGAAUGCUAUACUUAGAUUCUUGAAACUGCUUAUCGACAACUGUUCAAAUCGUAAAAUAUUCAACUCAGUUGAACAUCUCGACGCUUUGAUAGUAACAACUGACAUUGAAGUCCUCUCUUGCAAUUUGAAACUCAUUUUGGCUAUACAAGCUCACCAUCGCAAUGCUCUUCAAUUGGAUUGCAAAGCGUUACUUGCCUUAGCUUGGAAUUGGCCAACUACCGCUAGUUUGUCUGAAUCUACAGUUCAAUUACCAGAUUUCAACGAUAAUGUCACUUUUCAAUACUUCGACAAUCAAUCUAGGUCAAUCCAUCUAGAGAAGGUUUCAGAAAAUCCUCUAAGUGAUUUAGAUUUACAUAAACAAACCGUUGAUCAAAAUAAAAUACCAAAAGAUGGAAGCAACACUUUCGAACUAUAUCAUCGAAUUAGAGCAAUAAAAGCUAUCAAUAAUAAUUCUCACAGGCAUUUAUUAAUCGAAUCGAGAUUGUUAGCUUUGACAUUAUUCUUGCAGUUAGUUAAGGAAAGCCAAGCUCAGCACAGUUUACUCAUAUACGAGCCAACUUUGGUACCUCAAUUAACUCAAUUGCUUCAAUUACCUUUGAAAGACGACUACCUUGCAAUCCAAUCAAACGCAAUCAUCUGUCUAGAGAGCCUUUCACAUUAUAAGUCUAAAGUCAGUGAAGUUCUCAGUUGCUUGAAUGCAGGUGUCAAUCAAGGUUUAUUAUUCACAUACAUCCGUAAUGUUACCAAUAAGCUCUCACAAUCAAAACCUUCAAUUCAGCUGGUUGAUCUUGUUGAUAGCAUUUUCUCGAUGAUAAGCCACCUUUCUACAUCAAAUUCAGGUGGCCAGAUGCUCGUUGGAGCUGGUUUAAUCACUUUACUUAUCAACCUUUUCAAAGUUGAUAGUUCCCCUUUGAUCUGUAAAUGCCUCCAACUAUUGGAUGCUUUGUUAUACUCUUAUCGCAACGCUCUCCCUAUAUUCAUUAAUGCACACGGCUUGACUACCUUGGUUGAGAAAAUCCAUCAAAGGGUAUCAAAGAGUCUUGAGAACAAAACAGAAAUUGAGAACAAUUGCCAAAAUGAUGAAGAUAUUCGCAUUACGUUUGGUAAAUUAUCAAUAAUUGAUUCACAAGCUAUGAAAUCAUCCUUGAGGUCAAUUUACAGAUUACUUACAUCAUCAGGAACGGAAGGUGGAAUACGCAACUUGAUUGAUACGACAUUGCUUCAAGAUAUUCAUAGCAUAAUCGAUAACAGAAAAUUCUUUGGAGCUGCUAUCACUUCAUUUGCACUUAAUAUUAUGGCCACUUUCGUACACAAUGAGCCAACUUCAUUGUCAAUCAUCCAAGAAGCAAAAUUACCUGGAAAAUUCUACGAGGCUAUCGAAGACCAUAUUGAACCAAAUAUUGAUAUAUUGAAUGUCAUCUUCAACGUCAUCUCUGCUUGUUGCUUGAAUGAGCAUGGUCUUGAAGAAUUCAAGCAACGCGCAGACAAGAUUAUUAGCAAGAUAUUUGAUAUUUUCUCAUCACCUUCACAUAUCAAAGUUCUCGGUGAGAAGGAAAAUGCCGUCAAUAUUGGCCAAAGUGUAGAUGAACUCAUUCGUCAUCAACCAUCACUUAAGCCUAAAGUUUUGAAAGCCAUCAAUGACCAACUUGACAAGAUCGUCAACAUUGGUGGCUCUUUCAAUUCUCAGGAAGUUUCACAUUAUGGUUUAAGUGAAGUUGCUAAGUACAGACUUUUGACGAAGGAUGAGCAUUCUAUGGUCGAUAAUCUCCCAGCAAGCGAAAAGAGAGAAGAACCAUUUGCUUUGAAGUGUAUGGAUGUCAUGGCUAGAUUCCUCGAGUCUGUCUUUACAAAUGGAUCACACGCGAAGGAAUUCUUAGAAUCAGGUGGUUUAGACAAGAUUGGACACUUCUUCAGCUUACCAUGUCUCCCUUACGACUUUUCCAUUACUCGCGCAUCCGAAUCCAUCGCUCAACUAGGAAGGGUCUUAAUUGAAACUAAACCAGAAGUAUCCUUGACUUGGUCAUUAGAUCAAAUGAGAACAAACAUGGAUGCAACCAGACACAUUUGGUCUGAACUCCGCAAUCAAUCUUUAUUCAAGCAAAUGAAAGAAAUCUCCGAAACGAACUACGAUGAAGCGAACAAGACAUUUAGAAGUUUGGUAGAGCUUUACUCAAGAGUGCAAUUGGUAUCUGAUAUGUUUGCAUCAAUUGGUUUCCUCAACAUUAGGGUAUCAAAUGGUUUCUUCCUUCCAAAGUUGAAUGAGGAGAGACAUUUAGUAACGAUGUCUAUGAUUGGUGAUCUCUGGAGGAGCAUGUCAUGGGAGUACUUCUUAUUCAAUGCUGAGGAAAACAAAGAAACUGAUUUCGAUUGGAAAGAGCUCGAGACGGGUUCUAAAUCUUCGAACGAGAAGUAUGAGAAGAAUCUCAACAUCUUGAUGAGUAAUCUCGAUCCUACUGUCAGUGCGAAGAACAAUAAGAACAAGACUGAGGAAGAAAAGAAAGAAGAAGAUUCUGAUCCUGUAAAGCUUAACUACAAGUCUUUGUUACAUCUGGCUAUGUAUAUUCCAGAGACUGUUACUCCAUUCUUCCAAGCUGUUAUUAAAAUGUUCUUAUAUAGACGUCAGAGCGACCAAACUCACAAGAAGAACUCUGUUAUAACUUCAAAAGCUGUCGCUCAGAUCCUUGUCGACCACAUCUCUUACAAUGGUAAUGGUGAUCCUCGUCCAACAUGUGCAUACAUCAGCUCAUCACUCAAAUUAAUCAAUCUACUUAUAUUCGAUGAGCGUACAUCACAUAAUCAUCUCCAAACUCCUCUUGUCUUCUCAUUUGCUCAACAAGGUGGUAUCAAGUUACUCGCAGAUAGAUGUGAUGAAAUUAAUGAAGAACUCUCGAAGCAAGCUAUCACUGACAACGAAAUUCCAAAAUCACCAGGUGAAAUGCAACAAUUCAGAAUGUACCGCAUUUUGGAAAACCUCAUGCCAUUAUUACACACAUUCGCCGCAACGAGGCCACUCUUAGAAUCAAGCCAAACUGGACCUCUGCAACUCCGCGAAACCGACAAAUCAUCACCAGAGUACUUUAAUGCUAAUGACUUUUUGGUUAGAGUUAGAUCUAUCAUAUUACCAGCUAUCAUCAAAGUUUGUAAGAGUGAGUGGUUGUCAAAAGCACCAAUUGCCCAACCAACUCGUUUGAUUGUUCAAACUUUCCUCAAUAUUAUCAAGGCUGAAGGUGAAGUUGCAGAACCUAUCACUACUCAGAACCCACUCCAGCGUCAAAUUGGGGGUCCAGGUAGUGAUAGAUUUGGCCAUUUGCACGAUCUUGAGAGAGCCCUCACAUCUAUGCGUUCAUCACCAUUUUCGAGAAUCCUUGGCGAAGGUGCUACACCUGAGCAAGGUAGUCAACAACCUCAAUCACCACAGGAGCCUUCAAGUGAAGGACAACAACCACCGUCACGUGGUAUUGUUGACGAUAUUACCAGACAACUCUCGUCAGCCCCUACACCAGAUCAAGCAUUGGUUGAAGAACUUAUUAGUAUGGAUUUCCCUCAACUAGCAGCCCGUGUCGCUUUAAUAGACAACAAAGAUGUUGCACAAGCUGCAGAGUGGCUAGUUUCAAGACCAGAUGUCGUCGACGCAUGUAGGGAAGAAGAGAAGCGCGAAGAACGUAAACAAGCUGAAGACAAGGAGGUUGAAAUGAAGGUUGACGAGGGAAAUGUCUUCCCAAUGACUGACAAGAUUGACGUUGUAAAAAAGAGUUUAGACAAUUCUCGCAAAGGUAUUCAAGACAGUUUACCAAGCAUCCUACUCAAAUUGGUGGAUGCACACUCAGAGAUCGUCUUCGAUGUUAAAGACAUAUUCAAAGGUGACAAGGAAAAACCAGAAGAACAUCUCGGCAUCAAAACUCUCCUCGAGGAAAUUGAAAGGCUUGAUCCUAAUGAUAGAACGCUGGAUUCUAAGAUCUUCGUUCGUUGGCAUUUAAUCUCACUCAUAAUCUCAGAUCAUCAAUUCGCACAGAAGGAUAAUAUAGCAAAUCAACGUAGUCGUAUCUUAAACAUGACUGGAAAAUACAAAGAUGCGAUAAUAAAUAAUGAAUAUCCACCAAAAUGGCUCGGUCCUUAUAUGUUAGCUACUGCGAUUGUAUUGGCUAGCUCAGAGACUACCAAGCCUGCUCCAGAAGAUCCAACCAAGGUUGAAGAUGUUCAAGUCAACAUUGAUGACAUCGUUGAUGAUAGUGCAUUACAAAAGGAAACAAGGGAUCUCUUUGAAAUAGCCAUGACCACAUUCACUCGCACAAAAGAUAAACAAUUUGAGUCCAGGACUUUCAUGGCAGUUUUGCAUGUUCUUGCUCUGCUCACACGCAAGACUAAUUAUUCUAAGGAAUUAUUUGCUUCUGGUGGUUUGCAGAUGUUGACUAAUAUCUUCAACGAGUCUAUUGAAAAUGCACACAGUAGUUGCAUCUUCUCCACUAUACUGAUUAGAAACAUGAUUGAAGACGAAGCCCUGAUAAAGACUACGAUGCAUAACGAACUUCUCGGUUUCUUUGCAACAUCCAGCACUAGAGGUACAGGCGGCGGAAGUAAGGUGGUAGAUGUAUCAACUUUCACAAAGACAGCUGCUUCUUUAGCGUUACGCAAUCCUAAGGUCUUCAUGGAAGUCGUUAAAGAGAACUGUGUAUUGGUCAGUGAUAAGCCAGCUGGUGGUAUAUUCCACAUCAAGCUGCGUUCAGAUGUCAUCCCAGACCUCAAACCAAACAAUGCAAGCGGUCAAAAAGAUGAUACUGAAAAGAUGAACGAGGAUGUUAUGCAACUCGAUGGUCAACAAUCAUCCCGUGUCAUUUCAUCUGAAACACUUGACUCUGUUUUACACUUCUUAGUUUCCGAACUUAUGAGGAUCGGCAAGGCAGCUAGAAUGUUCGCAUCCAAGUCAACUGAAAAGAUAGGAGAAGAAAAGAAUAAGGAGUAUGAAAAGAAGAAUGAGGAGGAGAAGAAGAAGUCUGAAAGUAAUCAAGAUGGCCAAAUUUCACAACCAGAAGCUUCGGUCUCCGCCACACCCGACGAUGGUAAGAAGGAUGAGAAAGAUCAGAAGGACCAGAAGGAUGAGAAGGAUAAGAUGCCACCUGGUGCAUUAGAAUACUACUACGCUUGCUUUUUACUUCAAUCCAUCACAGAGAUAUGCGCUAGUUAUCCAUCAGCAAAGCUCAACCUUGUUAUGACAAACAAGAAACGUCAAGGUGGUGGUACUCCAUUCAAACCAAAGGUCACAUUCCUCAACUUUUUGAUAAGCGAACUCAUCUCAACCCCAACUCUUUCAAUGCCAACUAAUGACGAAGUCGGUCGUAAACAACGCACUUUAGCCGAAUGGGCUAUUGCUGUUUUGGUCAGUACUUGCACCGACACAUCUCCUUGGAGUGAUACGAAAGAUAUCGCCAAUGAGGUAGUCCUCUCUCGCAAGUUCGUCUUAGACGUUGUUAGCAAGCUUAUUAAGGAUAACACAUCUGGUGUAACUGAAGAAGAUCUCAAUGUUAGAUAUGCGCGCUUGACAGCUCUAGCUGAGAUUCUCUCUAGAUUGAUUGAUGUCAAACCGAUCAAUCCAGUGACUGGUAAAGCAUCAAAUGUGGGAUCUUUACACAUGGCUAAGGUCAUGCUCGAAAAGAACUAUGUUACGACACUCACUCAUGCACUUGGUGAUAUAGACAUCUCGUUCCCUAACUCCAAGAUCACGAUUGGUGCUUUGCUAAUCCCACUUGAACGUCUUACAAAGAUAUCUAUCAAGAUGGCUAAAAACAAGAAGGGAGAUGAUGAUGAUGGCAACAAUGAUGAGGAUGAAGGUUUGAAUGCUAGUGAGAUGGGAUCCAGUGAGAGUGAAGAAGAUGGCUCUAGUGAUGAGGAUGAAGUAAUUGAAGAGAAUGACCCUGAUAGAGCCGGUACACCUGACCUUUACCGUAAUUCAGCACUUGGUAUGUACACCGGGGAGAACUACGAAGAAGAAAACGACAAUGAAGAUGAAGAUAUGGACGACGAAGACAUGGAAGACAUGGAAGUAGACUUCGGUGAAGAUGGUAGUGGAUCAUCUGAUUCUUCUAACGAUGAGGAGGACUUUGAUUCAGAUGAUGAUGAAGGCGAUGAAAUGGACGCCGAUGGAGAAGAAGCCGAUGAUUGGAUUGAUGAAGAAGAUGACGGCGAGGAAGUUGAUUUCGAUGAAGAUGCUUACGACGAAGAAGAAGCACUCAAUCCAAUCGUAGAUUCCGAAGCAGUCAUUGACGCUCCAACUCCAGAUGACGAAGACCCAGAGAGCAUCGCUGACCCUGAUAUUCUCGAUGAUGGUCUUAUAGACGAUGGUUUCUCAGAAACUGACGAUGAAGCCGAUGAAGAUGGUAUUGCAUUUAGAGAUGAAAUUAAUGUUGAACGUGCUCCUCGUAUCGGUGGUAUAAUUGACGGUCGCCACGAUAUGGGUGAGGCUUCAGCUAUUUUUGGUAGCCCAUUACUCGGUGGUGGUUCAUCCAGACGUCGUAUGUUCGGAGGCGGGCAAUCACAAUCUAUACUUGGUGGUGGUCGCGAUCGCAACGAAAGCGACAGUGAGCUUCCUCAGCAACCACUCUUAGUUGAUCAAGCUCCACCAUCCGCUGCUCCAACUGCUCAAGACACAUCGGGUAGACGCCAAGGCGCAGGUGGCCAACGUCCGGGUAACAACAACCCACUUUUGCAAACAAUUGAGAAUAUGUUCGGCAGAAACGGUUUCCAACUUAUCGAACAACUUCUCCAACGUGAGGCUGGUGGUCUUGCCGGUGUUCCACCUGGCACACGCGUUCAUCUCGAAUUGCACUCUCCAAAUGGACCAAGUGGACCUAUCCCAAUUGAACAAUUGAGCAACUUGGCAGCAAGACGCCAACAAGUUCCUAUGAGUCAAUCAGCAUGGAUCAUGAAAGCUGUCAAUGAUUUGUCUGCCUUACCUACUUUCAGUAGAUGGUAUCAUACCUCCAAAUUGUUCUAUGGUGCAACAUCUCAAGAGCGCGCAACCAAGUUGACAAACCACAUCAUUUUGAUGUUACUACCAAUUACAAGAGAAGCUUUAGCUAAACAACGCGCGGAGAAAGGAGAGAAGUCUAAAGAACUCGAGAAUCCAUCUGAAAGCGAGGAAGAGAAAGAAAAGAAAGAAUCCAAGAAUAAGGAAGUAGGUGAAUUGCAUGAACCAGAGGCACGCGAAGAAGAAAUGAGAGAAGCUGUUCCCCACGAGGCCCCUCCAAUCUAUCAACAAGGAGACGUUGAGAUGUCCGAAGUUGCUACAGUUGAACCAUCAGCCAGUGCACCUGAAUCAAACCAGACUUCAACUAAUGCACCUGCACAAGAGGAAGCUCCAUCUGGUACAGACGCCCCACAAGAAGCACCAGCUGAUGCAUCAGCUUCAGGUGAAGCUUCGGGUACUGCUCAAGGAUCUGGCGAAGCCUCAACAAGCGCACCAAGAGAGCGUGUCACAAUCAAAAUAUAUGGCCGUGAUGUUGAUAUCACUGACACUGGCAUUGAUCCAUCUUUCAUGGAAGCUUUACCAGAUGAUAUGCGUGAUGAAGUUAUCACUCAACACAUGCGUGAGACAACCAGAGCAUCGAAUGCAGCAGCAGCACAAAAUCGCAGAACACAAGGAGGUGAUACCGGUGCUCCACCUGAAGAAGCUGGAUCUGAGAUUUCGAUGGAAUUCUUGAAUGCUUUGCCAGCUGAAAUUCGUGCCGAAGUCUUACAACAAGAAGCAUUUGAAUCACUCUAUCGAAACAGAAGACAGUCUGGUGGCGCUAACGAGCGUGGUGGUUCUCAACCAGGCAAUCCACCUGAUCCAGGUUCGUUCCUUACAUCUAUGGAUUCCGGUUUGAGACAAUUCGUCUUGAUGAACGGCGAUUUGUAUAAUCCACAAGAAGAGAUGGAACCAUCAAUGGGUAGAAUGGACUUAGCAUCCGUCCUCGGUGGUAGAAGACCAUCUGGACCAAGACCUCAACCAAAGAAAGCAGCAACGAAGCAUCGUCAAAGGGAUGCACUUCAAUUACUCGAUAAGAAUGGUUUAGCAAUACUUAUUCGCUUACUAUUCUAUCCAAACCUCAUCAAGAAGUCCAUCCUGUUCAAGAUCCUGACUAAUCUUAUUGAAAACUCCCGUACAAGAAAUGACUUACUCUUGCUCUUGCUUAACAUUCUGCAAGAAGGUACUGGUGAUCUACCAGCAGUAGACCGCAGUUUGUCGCAAUUAACAUUGAAAGGUGGAAAACAAAGUAUGGCAACCCCUCUGUCUACUCCUACUGGCAAGUUAACUACCAAGCGCAAGCACGUUCAGGAGACACCAGCUAGCCCAAUAUUGAUGCAGAUUCCGCCAGAGACGAUUCCAAACCUACUUGCUCAACGCUGUUUCGAGACACUAACAACAUUGGUCUCCAGUAACUCCAAUGCUUCUUCAUUUUUCCUUACUGAACACGAUCUUUCAAGCAGCGUAAGACCAAGACCAUCAAAGAAGAGCAAAGGUAAAGAGAAGCAGACAACACCAGUUAAGUUCCCAAUUGUAUUAUUAAUGGGCUUGCUUGAUCGUCCAACUGUCUUCAAGACACAGAUGAUGAUGGACACUUUCACAACAUUGUUGGCAACUGUCACAAAACCAUUGUCAACUCUCAAGAAGGAACAAAAAGAUGAGAAGCCAGAAACAUCAGAGGGAGAUGGUAAACAACAAGAGCAACAACCUCAAAUACCAGCAGCUGACGUUGAUGCAACACCUCGUCCAAAGCAGAAAGAAAAUGAGGAGAAAAAGAAUGAAAACGAGAAUGAAGAAGAUGACGGAUUAAAGGUAGCACCACAAAUCCCAACGCAUGUUCUGAAAUACGUUGUUAAUAUCCUUACCGUUGGUGAAUGCUCCAGCAAGACAUUCCAACAAACACUCAGUCUCAUUCAAAAUUUGAGCUUCAUUCCAGAUGCUAAAGAUAUAAUUGCAGCUGAAUUGAGAGUCAAGGCUCAAGAAUUUGGUCAACAAUUGAAUGGUGAACUUGUUGAACUUGGUGAUGCACUCAGGAAAGCAGAGAAGAGUGAUGAUGUUGAUGCAAGUGUUAUGGAGAAGUUCUUACCUGCUUCAUCUUUGCAAGCACGCUUAUUGAGAGUAUUGAAAACGGUUGAUUACAUGUUUGGUCAGUCAACUGAAAAUAUCAGUGAGAGCACGGAGCAAUCAUCCGAAGAUAGACCAUCUUCACUUCGUCAAGUACUUGGAUCUUUGAUGAGAGAAGGACGUAAUCAGGAGCCAGAGGCGCCAGCUGAACCACCUGCACCUUCCAAAGAGGAAGCUCAAACUAAUGAACUCAAGGUCAAUGCCAUUUAUGAUUCAUUCAACUUUGGAUCUGUUUGGAAGAAACUGUCUGAAAAUCUCAAACUUAUCGAAGAAAAUGAGCAGAUGACACAUAUCGCAACUGUUUUACUUCCAUUAAUUGAAUCCCUUAUGGUUGUCUGCAAAUAUGUCAAUCCACAAACAGCAGCACUUAGAACGAAGCGCAUGACAGGGUCACCUAUUUCACCAUCAAUGCACGAGAGUAUUGAAGAUGUCUUUAUCGACUUCACGGAGGAGCACAGGAAGAUCAUUAACGUUAUGGUACGAAACAAUCCUGCACUUAUGAGUGGAUCGUUCUCAUUACUUGUGCAAAAUCCACGUAUACUUGAGUUCGACAACAAGAGAAGCUUCUUCAUGCAAAGAUUGAAAGCUAAGAAACGUGGAGAGACCUAUCCAACGCUCCACGUCAAUGUUCGUCGUUCUCAAGUCUUCUCAGACUCCUUCCAAUACUUGCAAAGAAAGACAGGUGAUGAAAUCAAAUAUGGUAAACUUUCAGUUAAAUUUUAUGGAGAAGAAGGUGUAGACGCCGGUGGUGUUGCUCGUGAAUGGUUCCAAGUAUUAACACAACAGAUGUUCAAUCCUGAUUAUGCGUUAUUCCAGCCAUGUGACGCAGAUAGAUUGACAUAUCAACCAAAUCGUGCAUCAUAUGUCAAUGAACAUCAUUUGAGUUUCUUCAAAUUUGUUGGUCGUAUCAUCGGUAAAGCCAUCUACGAUGGAAGAUUGUUAGAUGCUUACUUCACUCGCUCAUUCUACAAGCAUAUGCUUGGAAGACAAGUUGACUUUAAGGAUCUCGAAAGCGUUGAUUUGAGCUACUACAAUUCUUUGGUUUGGAUGUUAGAAAAUAGUAUAGAAGGUGUACUCGAACCUACGUUUAGUGUUGAUAAUGAAGAAUUCGGUGUAGUCAACGUUAUAGACUUAAUACCAAAUGGUAGAAAUAUCAUGGUUACUGAUGCAAACAAGAAGGAAUAUGUUAAAUUGAACACUGAAUUCCGCUUGACAAAGGCAAUCGAGAAACAAAUUCAAUGUUUCUUGGAAGGUUUCCAUGAAAUAAUACCAAAGGACCUUGCAAAGAUAUUCUCGGAAUCGGAGUUAGAGUUGUUAAUUUCAGGUUUACCUGAUAUAGACGUAGAUGAAUGGAAGAACCAAACUGAUUAUCAUGGAUUUACCCCAUCAGAUCCAAUAGUCAACUGGUUCUGGAGAGUAUUGAGAUCGUUCGACUCUACACAGAAAGCGUCAUUCUUGCAGUUCGUUACUGGUUCAUCACGUGUACCACUUGAAGGCUUUGGUUCAUUGCAGGGAUCACAAGGUACACAAAGGUUCAACAUUCACAAAGCGUACGGUGAAGAGGAUAAAUUACCAACUGCGCAUACUUGUUUCAAUCAAUUAGAUUUAGGACCAUACUCUUCCUAUGAAGCACUCCGCAAACAGAUUCUUACAGCUAUACAUGAAGGAAAUACAGGAUUUGGUUUUGCAUAG